AUGUGGGCGGAGGGGCUCUGCUCCGUCCCUCAGGGCGAGCGGAGCCGAGGCUGGCACCGCGCCUGCGGCACAGCAGCACUCUCCGCGGGAGCCGCGACGGGGUAUGCCGCUGCCCAGAGCUACAAGCAGAGAGGGACCCCUUCCUCCUAUUUUUCUUACAAAAGAAACAUCUGUGAACAUCAGCACAAGAAGCGAUUGCAAAGCAAAGGAGGAAAUCCAGUGUUUACACUCUUGCACAAGCUGACACCUAUUCCUUCCUAUGGACCUGGUCCCCAGUGGAAGAGCUUUCUGGCUUUCCUUGUUGCAGUGGGCAUCAUAGUGACGCUGGCGGAUGCAUACUGUUUUUCUAAAAUUAACAAGCCAGGGGAGUCUGACAAAGGCUGUAUCCUGGAUGGAAAACUAUACCCCUUUGGAGAGAUCGCGAGGACAGAAAAUUGCUUCAGAUGCAGCUGCAGCCAAGAUGCAAUGCGCUGCUGCUCCCUCUUUCAUACCCCCAUUGGUUAUGACAAAGAGAACUGUAAAGUUGUUUUCAACAAGAAAAGCUGCAACUAUGACGUGGUGCAGAAAAGUGACCCCUCAAAGGAGUGCGUCGUCUAUUCUCGCGUGGGCUAA